AUGGAGUACGAAAUUAGUACUGGACACAAUGCUCUGGAGCGCAUGUUAAUUGAUGGAAGUACGGAGCCAAUGGAUCUGCCGUUAUCACUUUUAGAAGACAUCACAAAUUGUUUCUCUGACGAUCAGCAAAUCGGCAUUGGUGGAUUUGCGGUGGUUUAUAAGGGAAUGGUUGGAAAUGAGCCAGUUGCUGUGAAGAGGCUAUCCAGGACGUUUGAUAUGCAGGAAAAUAAAUUCCACAAAGAGGUUGAGUGCUUGAUGAGGGCCAAGCACAAAAACAUAGUGCGGUUUUUAGGAUAUUGUUCUGACACUCAAGGAAAAAUUGCAGACUACGAGGGGAAGCUGGUCAUGGCAGAUAUACGAAAUUGGUUACUCUGUUUUGAGUAUGUACCCAACGGCAGUCUUGAUAAGUACAUAACCGAUGCAUCUCAUGGACUUGGAUGGAGGGAGCGUUAUCAGAUAAUUAAGGGAAUAUGUGAGGGACUGUGUUAUCUUCAUGAGAGGCGCAUUCUGCACUUAGAUCUGAAACCCGCCAAUAUUUUAAUAGAUAAUCACAUGAUACCCAAAAUAGCUGAUUUUGGUCUUUCAAGGUGCCUGGACAAAGAGCAAACGCGGGUUUUUACUUCAAACCUAUGUGGAUCAAUGGGAUAUAUGGCACCAGAAUUCUAUAGUGGAAACAUCUCAUUUGCGUCGGACAUAUAUAGUCUUGGCGUUAUAAUCGUGGAGAUAUUGACCGGUCAAAAGGGUUAUUCCGAAGAUGAUAAUGUAACUGAAAGCUGGACAAUUCAAUUGCAGGCAUCAGAUCAGGCGGACACUCAGUUGGAACAAGUAAGAGUAUGCACCAAAAUAGGGAUAGAGUGCAUGAACCUGGACCCAAAGAAGAGACCUGUCGCGAGACACAUAGUCGACGUGCUUGAUAAAACGAAAACUACCAUCAGCAUUCAGAAGAAACUGUCAUCGGCAGUUCAUCACAUAAUCCGCCGACCUCGCCUGCUUACAGCGGCGGGAACGCAGCGCCGGCAGCGACGGGUGGAGGCCAGCAAGUGUGGGUGCAGAGCCGGAGCAAGGAGUUGUCGGACCGCCUGA